AACAAAAGCAUGAUAUGAGUGCUUAUUUCCCAACACCUACCUGAAAGAGUGCUUUUGUCUCUACAUGCGGUGAGAUGAAAUAGCCACAGAAGCUGUAAAGAGUCCAGCAAAAGGAAGAAGCAAAGCCACUGAAAAUAGGAACUUGUUGCCCAACGGGAUGAAUUCUCUUGCCAUCAUCUCUGUAAUGCUGAGCGCUUUCCUCGUGGAGAUGGCAGCUUCGACUUACCUUUGGCAGAGACAACAGAAGCUGACAGGCAAAACUAAAUAUGAAUACAAAGGUUGUGGCUGUUUGAAUGGAGGGACUUGCGUGUCUUACUGGAUUUUUUCUGGAAUUAAAUCCUGCUUGUGCCCUAAAGGGUAUGAUGGCGAUCACUGUGAAAUAGAUGUUGAAACCAAAUGUUACACUGGGGAUGGCAAAGACUACAGAGGGACUGAGUCAGUGAAUGAGAAUGGGGAAAUGUGUCUGGCUUGGGACUCCCACAUGCUCAAGAGGUGGCCCUACAAUAAGCACAUGGAGAAUGCAUUGGAGCUUGGAUUAGGCAAGCACAACUAUUGCAGGAAUCCAGAUGGCCAAUCUAAGCCAUGGUGUUAUGUUCGGAAGGGAUACCGCAUUUCUGUGACACCUUGUGAUAUACCCACAUGUCAAAACCACCGGACAUGUGGCCAGAGGAACUUAAGUAAGAACUUCAAGAUUGUGGGUGGGCAGAGGGCCCCCAUUGAAUCUCAGCCUUGGAUAGCCACCAUCUUCCACUCCAGAAGGAAUCAGUUUUUUUGUGGUGGCAGCCUCAUUGACCCAUGCUGGGUCCUUACAGCAGCACAUUGCUUCUCGGGCAAUGACCUCGAUAUAUCCAAGCUCAUCGUUAGGCUGGGAAGGUCUGCAACGAAUGUCACCAAUGCAAAUGAUCAGGAAUUUAACGUCGACAGACUUAUCAUUCACGAGGCGUUUUCACACCAAAGAAUGGAUUUUGACAAUGACAUCGCUUUACUAAGGAUUAGGUCAUCUUCUGGCCAAUGUGCAGAAGAGUCGAACAUAGUCAAAACCAUCUGUUUGCCCUCCGAAAAUUUAAUGCUGACGGACUAUUCCCAGUGUGAAGUUUCUGGCUAUGGAAAACAAAACAAAACGGCCAUUUACUUCUCACGAGUACUGAAAUCGGCUAAUGUACAUUUAAUAGCCCAGUCCAUGUGUAAAAGGUACUAUGGGGGUCACAAGGUGAAUGAGAACAUGCUCUGUGCUUCGGACUUGCAGUGGAAGGCUGACUCAUGCAAAGGAGAUUCAGGUGGUCCCCUCACUUGCAUGUCCAACGGCAGGAUGGUGCUGUAUGGGAUCGUCAGCUGGGGAGAUGGCUGUGCGAAGGAAGGAAAGCCUGGCGUGUACACAAGGGUCACCAAAUAUAUCCCUUGGAUUGAAUCCAACAUGAAUGGAGUCCAUUUCAAAAGUUUCUACCCUCCAAAAUGAAGAGAGGGGUAUCGCUUGAUGUUAGCCAUGAUGUCAGACACAUGGAAUUUGAGCCAAGUCUGCCUGCAGGUGUUGAAAUGCCGAGCCAUGCAUUGAAAUUGAUGGUUCUUUUUCUGAGGCUGCAGUUUUCAGUGUGUCUGGUGGGAUUCCUUUGUUAAGAGAGAAAUUGUUCAGGCCAUUUCUCUCUGACGGAGAAGCACUCAAGUCAUUGCUAGGAACAAUACAAAAACCAUCCCAUGCCAAACAACCAUACUUAACUCUAAAAUAAGACAUUUAAGUGGGGUUUAAAUCACGUUGUACAGAAGAUAAUUGCAAUUUUGUAAAGAAAAUUGGGAAUAUCUGCUUGUUCCUGAGGACAUUAUUAUAACUCCAACAUUACAGUCCGCAUUAUUUUUCUAAGCAAGCUGGCCCCUCUUCUCUAAAACAGCGGUU